AUGUCGUCGUUGAUUCCGGAGGGUGGCGGCGCUGGCGGCAGCGACGUUGGCGCGGCGACGUUGGCGGUGGCGACGCUGGCGGCGUUGACACAAGCUGGCUCGCAGCAGCCGGAGGCACCGCUCUCCCAGUCAUCGCCAAUUGGUUGCAGUUUGGCUGACCAGAAAUGGGAUAUAUGGUUUCAUUUAGAAGGAAGAAACCCUGUGAAAAGGGGUAUAUUUGAGUCAGAUAUUUCUUUGCUUACUCUACAAUCACUCAUUGCUAGUGAAGGGUAUGAGGACAGUGAUUACAUGUACUAUGUGAAGGAGGAGGAAAUUGGAUCUGAAAGAGUAAAGUAUUUAGGUAAUGAAGCUAGUGUUCAUGAAAUGUUGGAGUAUUUUCAUUAUGUCAAGGUUGUGAACAUAAGGGUUGUGAGAGAUGUUGAACCUGGAAUUAGUACACAGGCUAAUGAGAAUUACAUGAACACUCAAGAGAGCUGCUGUGUGAAAAUGGUUGUGGAGCAAUAUGAGCUUCAGAAUCAGAUAGAUGAUAGAAAGGCUCAGCUUGAGAGGAGCAGGAUUCAAAGAGAGGCAGAUUUGAACCACUUUGAAGGAGACACUGAAGUGUCUGAAUUUUGUUCUGAGCAUUCAGUUCAUUCAGAUGGGAGUGCUGAAGCUGUUCAACAAAUGGAAAUAGAGUGUGCCUCUGAAGAGGAUACAACAUUGCAAACUACUGCUAUUGUGAAACAUGUGAAGAAUCCUGGUCCAACUAGCAGAUGUCACAAUGAGGUAGAGAUAAAACGUUUUGAAGAUUGGUUUCCUGAAGCAGAUGAGUUUUGUUUUGCUGGUGAUGCAGGCAUAAGUGAUGAGGACGAAGAUGAUGAAGUUGAACUACCAUACCUCAUGAAGAAGCCAAAGACAAAGAGUAGUAAGAAAAAGAUGAAGGAAAGGCUAUAUUUUGACCCCUCAAUUCCCAAUUCACAUUUACUCUUGUGCAAGAGCUUGUGUUUUGAUAGUGUUUACCAGUUCAGAGAAGCAUUAAGAGAUUUUCAUAUAAGGACUUUGAGCAAAGUCAAGUUUUCAGUUGAUGUAUCAAAGAGUGUGGCCUAUAGGGCAAGGAGGAAGGCUAUUAAGGUUGUACAAGGUGACCAGAAGGAGCAGUACUACAGACUGAGGGACUACCUACAAGCAAUUCUUGACACAAACCCUGGUAGCAGGUGUGUAGUUACAACAUUUGAGGACCCAGAAAACCCUGCCCCAACUCCUAGAUUUAAGUACAUGUUCUACUGCUUGCAUGCAUCAAAGCAAGGAUUUAUUAAUGGUUGCAGGCCCUUUAUAGGGCUUGAUGGUUGCUUCAUCAAGCUAACUACUGGACAGCAAAUUCUUGCAGCCACAGGAAGAGAUGGCAACAACAACAUCUACCCCAUAGCCUUUCGUGUGGUUGAUAAGGAAGAUUCAGAGAGUUGGACAUGGUUCCUAACCCAGCUAAGAUGUUGCAUUGGAAGUGGUAGCAAAUUUGGAAACUACACCAUUAUUUCUGACAGGCAAAAGGGUCUUCUUAAGGCUAUAAAUGAGGUGUUCCCUGAUUCCCCUCAGAGAUACUGCCUCAGGCACAUAUAUGCAAAUUUUCAGUCAGCUGGUUUCAGAGGAGCAGAACUAAAGAAGCUAGUAGAUCAGGCUAGCUACUCAUUCACAAAACAUGGCCAUGAAUUAGCAAUGGCAGAGCUUAAAGCAGAGUGUGAGGAUGCCUGGAAGUGGCUUAAAAAAAUUCCAAAGGAGACUUGGUGUAGGUCUGCAAUGGAUUACAAUUGCAAAACUGAUCUUGUUGUGAACAACCUUAGUGAGGUUUUCAACAAAAUGAUCCUUGAUGUUAGGGCCAAACCAAUUAGGACUAUGUUUGAAGGAAUUGGGACUAAGCAGAUGAUCAAAAGGCAGAAGACUAGGGAAAAAACAGAGAACAGCAGGUGGAUGAUCACACCCAACUAUUCAGAGAAACUAGAGGAGAAUAAGAAAUAUGCCAAAUUUUCUGAGGCACAUAGGGCUGGUCCUGACAUCUGGCAAGUGUCUAGUGCUGAAAAUCAGUAUUGUGUGAACAUAGCUACUAAAUCAUGUGACUGCAGGAGGUGGGACAUGACAGGAGAAUAG